CACACUCACGCUGACAAAUUAUUGCUUGUUUAUCUGAAAUACAAAUUUCACUGAGCUGCCUGUACUUUUUCUAACAAACUUACUCCAGGGAGCCUUGUUCCCCGGGGCCGCUUUAAUGAGUUUGUUGUGAGGCCAGUUCUGAGGAACAGGAAGCAAGGGUGGGGGGGCGGGGGGAGAAGAUGAGGGGUCUUUGGGAGGAGUUCCUAGGGAUGAACACUGGAGAUGAGCAUUCGGAGACAAUUCCGCCAGCGGGUGAAACAGCCUCCUCAGCCACGCCGUGACUGUCUCCCUAAUGCAGUUCACACCUUCCCUCCAGCUCUGUCAGUCUCUGACGGGCGUCAGUGUGUCCCAUCCUCCCGGGAGGGCAGUCCCCUCUGCCACUGCCUCACUCAGCAAUGGCAGGCCUGCAGGGGUAGGGAGGGCUUGCAGCCAGCCGUCUCUGCCCACCGUGGGUCGGGCCCUGAGCAGGCCUCGCACUGUCCCUCAGGCCUGAUGUCCGAGGUACAGCUGCGAACAGGAAAGGCACCCAUGCCCAGACCUGGCUACAAGCCUCAGGAGCCCAAUGGCUGCAGCUCCUAUUUCCUGGGUCUUAAGGUACCAGAAAGUAUGGACUUGGGCAUUCCAGCAAUGACCAAGUGCUGCAACCAGCUGGACGUCUGUUAUGAUACUUGCGGUGCCAAUAAGUAUCGUUGUGACGCAAAAUUCCGAUGGUGUCUCCACUCUAUCUGUUCUGACCUGAAGCGGAGUCUGGGCUUUGUCUCCAACGUGGAAGCCUGUGAUUCUCUGGCUGAUACUGUGUUCAAUACUGUAUGGACCUUGGGCUGCCGACCUUUUAUGAAUAGCCAACGGGCAGCCUGCAUCUGUGCGGAAGAGGAGAAGGCAGAGUUAUGAGAAAGAGGUGAUCCCUUCCUGGUUUUGAGUGACGCCAUGGCUGUCAGUCUCUGAGAUGGUAGUGUGGCAGAGUGAGCAAUCUCAUCCUUGCUUCCAGAAGUUUGGAUACCACAAAGCAAGAGAAAGAAAGCCUUGUUCUACAGCUGAGAAGUGAGUCCCAUCCUUUGAGGAGAAUUGGAAAGAAGCCAUGGAGUGAUUUGAAGACUACUCUUCAUUUGACAAUGGUCUCCCCAACCAAGACAUAUUUGCCUGGCAAUUCAGUUCUUAGUUUAAAGACUAAAAUAAAGACUAAAAUACUGGGAUUCCUGGACUUGGUAAUUAUAUUCAUAAGUGAAGUUUUGCAGAGUCCAACCAUGUGGGAGGCAAGGACUUUCCUCUGGUCCAUGUUUCAGUUGCCAGUAAGCAUCUCACAUUUAAUAAAGUGUACUUUUUAGAAAAGAGAUGAAUGAAUUCCAUUAUCACCAAUGUGCUUCCAUUUCACUUAGAAGAGAACAGAACCCUUCCUGGUAAGUUCCACCAAUGAUAACCAUCAUUCCCACUGGUGCUGGAGAGAUGAGAACAGGUGGGCAAAGUCAGAGACUUACCUGGUUAAGGCCAAUGAAGGUGAGGUCAGAUGGAGUUAGGUCUCUGAGGUUCAAUUCUUUCCUCAAUGAACUAUUCCUGUUGAUAUUCCCAAUUCCUAAGUGGUGUUAGUGUCAUGUUAAGAUCUGAGAAGCAUGUGGUAAAAAAUUGCCACUGAAGAUAGCUAGGAAAAGUCCCUGAAAUCUGAGGGGACGCAAAUGGUCAAUCCCUAAACUAUGGUUCUCAACCCUGACUGCAGAUUAGAAUCACCAGAGGAGCAUUAAAAAACAAAGAAUCUCUGGGGGUGGUAUCUGCCUAUUGGUGUUUUAUAAAUGCUCCCCACCUGAUUCUGAUGCACUGGGAAGGCUGAGGUCCACUAAGGUCAGGGAUUGGAAAAUGAAGCUCAAAUCAGGCCUGACAUCUGCUUCUGUGGAGUUUAAUUGGACCACAACCAUGUUCUCAUUUGUUUAUGGCCAUUCCUGUGCUACCACCUCAGAGCUGAAUAGUUGUGACAGACUGUUUGGCCAGAAAGCCUAAAAUGUUUACCAUUUGGCCCUUGACAGAAAAAGUUGGCCAAUUGCUGACCUAGGUCAUUCUGUCUUUUUCCUUCCUUUUGUCAAUUUUCCUGGUUCCGUUAAGAAUUGUUGAUGAUAGCCAUUUCUAAGAAGAACAAGAAGAAAAACUGUUUCCUGAUCUUAUGUAAAGCCAUAAAAUUAAUUGGCAUAUUAAGAAAUUGGAUUUAAUUGCAUAUAAAAUUCAUCCCUGUGGUUUAUAUUUAUUUCAAUAAAAUUUAUUAAGCAUCUACUUAAAAAA